AUGGCUGCGCGCGACAUUGCGGUGGCUUCCGUGGCAUCCGUGCUAGGCAUUGGAGCUGCGCUGCUCGUCGGGUACCUGCGGAAGCCACGCAUUCAAAUCGCCAAGAAGGUAGCCGUUCCGGGACUAGGCAAUAUUGAUGUCAAGAGCGAGGUGAGCGCUGGAAAAACACAUGUGACGCUGGACUGGAAUGCACUCCUGGGCAUUCCUGCUCGCUUACCCUUCUGCUCUGCAGUGAUCACAGAGACGGGGACCAUCUACGUCUCGGGCGCAGUGGGUGCCCGGAAAGGCAAAGUUGGGAACCCAGGGCUGUUCCUGUGUGCCGGCCAGUUAAUAUAUGGUCUGAAAUAA